ACUGGAGUGGAUCUGAUAUAUUAAUUCUACUUUAUAUUAAAUGAAUGUAUUUGUUUAUAGAAACGAUAAGCGUGAGACAGCACGCAGAGUUAUCGUGUUACAUAUCAUCAGACAUCGAAUGCUUUUUACGCCCGCAUCCGUUCUUCAUUGUUUAUAGGUCUUUAUGUUAUAGAAGAUAUCUGGGGAAAAUAAAAUCAAAUUAAGAAUUAGCAAAAAGACCGGGUGAGCAAUUUGCAAUGUUACGCUAUGACAUGUAUCGUCGCCUGCGCAUACGAUACAUUAGUAUUGUUCAUUGCGCGUGCUACUAACCCAAUUAGUAGUUUGACGGAAUAAUCUUGGCUGUCCCAUGCGGAGAAGAGUUACCCAAUUACAUGGAAUAUUAUUAUUUAUAUCGAUAAUAUUGUACUAAAAACUAUUGGCGAUGGAAGCGUUUAUUAAUUAUGUACCAAGUAGUAAUAGGAUUUAAAUUGACAUGCCAAUUUGAAACUCCCAAAUUAUAUCGUGUAAUUAAUUUGAACAUUUUAUCUUGGAAGAAUGUAUUGGCGAUUAAGAAAUUAUAACGGACGUAACGCGACGAAAAUGCGCGUGCCACGGCACCUCGGAGUGCGCAGGAGGGCGCUCCCACGGGUUACCGAUAUUUUUAGUUCGCAACCAUUACUUGGCACCGACGGCCGUACUCAGCUGCGCUAGUGAUCUUUCUCAAAUCCUAUCGCGCUUACUGCUCAAUCCCCGAGCAGAGUAUGACUAGUGCUAUGUUUGAAUUCACCCUCUAAGAUUUAACCCUAUGGUUCCAUUGUUUCGUUUCUAUCUAUAUGAAUUGAAUACUAAAAUGAACGCAGUAUCAGUGUUUGUUCCUGUGAUAAGAGUGUUUCAAUACAAUUGAACGAUUUAUUACUAAAUUACAAUGGCCGGUAUAAGUACGAGCGGAAGUAGUGCAACGAGUCCACGCCGCCAACGUUACAACCGAUCUUCUACAACAAGUGUUACUCAAUUGCUCUCCGACGGAUAUUCCAGUAUUAUCAAUCGAUUUACCCGUCGUGGACCGUCUGAGAAAAAUGAAGCCGUAAUGGACUCAAAAUUAACCAGUAGUGCCCGCAACAGAUACGAUGACAGUUUACUUACAAACAAAAAUCCCGCCUUGGCAAAUGUACGGCGUUAUGAGAACAAUAGUAGACGUAAUUUAUCCCCGUAUAAUUCCUAUAGUGGCUUAUCAUCUACUGCAAAGAAAUUUAGCGACGAUCGUACCUACAAUUAUCUCGGUGCAACCAAAACGCGUGUCAAUACAUCACCCUUACACGCUGCGUCUGGUUUCAGUGCUCUGGGCCGCAAUGACUCAUUUCGUAGAGCUCAUAUGAAAGACAAAUCAUCGCCACUCGUAAAACGAUAUCCGCUGAAGGAAGCAAACAACAAUAUUGAUAAUACAAUAACUUUGGGAAGUACUCGCAGUCGCUUGGAGGAUAAGUACUCGUCAGUUUUAGACAAAAUAGCUGUGAUGAAAAAGGAAAAAGCGAGAAAAGAAAUGGAGGAUCGCGAAAAAACAUUAGAACCUGAACCCACGCUUUCUCGAGGAUUAAUGAGAAGUUUUACGACUGCUGUUUUUGGUGAGAGUUCAUUUAAACGUCAUCAUAACUAUUCUCGUGAGAAAACAAGAGAUAAAACUCCGUUCCGGAACACUACUGAUCGACGGCUAUCGACACACAAACAAAGUGAUCGAAACGAACUGAAAAAUGGCUAUGACGCAAAUAAUAUAAAUUUUAAUUACGGAAAAGAUAGAAACAGCAUUUAUAGGAAACAUCAGAGAAGGUCACUACGUGCUGAAAAGAGUGAAAAUGAUCGAAAAACGACAAAACUUUCCUUACGACCUAUAGAUAUGAGCUUGCAAAGUGGAGCUCGAGAUCUAAUCUCACCACCUCAACAAACGAACGCAGAUUCUAAAAUUAAUAAUGUGAAAACACCCGCAUCUUCUCCCGCUAAAGAUGUCGGUAGACAAAAACAAAUAUAUUACCCAUCGAGCGAUGAAGACGACGACAAAACACCGGUCGGUGAUCAAAUACUGAACGAACGCGAGACUAGACGUAAAGAAAUACAGAGUUUGAUAAUGAAGUACGCUCAUUUGGAUGAGGUGUACGGACGCAUUACUGAUAAAGAGCCCAAUGGAUUAUCUUCAGCUCCUGCUAAGUUUAAGAAGCCAGAACCCAUCGGUAUAGGAGAUGUCGUGGCGCUUCCACCUGAGUUGAGGAGUCGACAAAGGCCCCAGCGACCGCGGCACCACAUACGUCAAGCGGCCACGCCGCCUAGCUCCCGUGCACGCUCCUCCGUCAAGGACGACAAGGAUGGACACCUGGUCUACUGGCCCGGAUAUGUCAUGGGAGCAAGAUACAAAAUCAUCGACACACUCGGUGAGGGCACAUUCGGCAAGGUGGUGGAGGUGAAAGAUUUGGAAAUGGAACACAGAAUGGCUCUGAAGAUUAUUAAGAAUGUCGAGAAGUACAGAGAGGCUGCAAAACUAGAAAUUAAUGUUUUGGAGAAUUUGGCUGAGAUUGAUCCAGACUGUAAGAAUUUGUGCGUGAAAAUGUUGGAUUGGUUCGAAUAUCAUGGACACAUGUGCAUCGCGUUUGAAAUGCUUGGACAGAGUGUGUUCGACUUCCUGAAAGACAACAGCUACCAGCCCUACCCGCUGGAACAAGUGCGGCAUAUCGCAUACCAGCUCAUAUACAGCGUGCUCUUCCUUCACGACAAUAAACUCACGCACACAGAUCUCAAACCAGAGAACAUCCUGUUUGUGGAUAGCGAUUAUGAAGUCGUUUCUGUAUAUAGUAGUUCUAAGAAGAAGCACGAGUUGCGUCGUGUGAAGCGCAGCGACGUGCGCCUGAUCGACUUCGGCAGCGCCACCUUCGACCACGAGCACCACAGCACCAUCGUGUCCACGAGACACUAUCGGGCACCAGAGGUCAUCCUGGAGCUGGGCUGGUCGCAGCCGUGCGACGUGUGGUCCAUCGGGUGCAUAAUGUUUGAGUUGCAUCUGGGCAUCACCUUGUUCCAGACACACGACAACCGAGAACACCUCGCCAUGAUGGAGAGGAUCCUCGGACCCAUUCCUUACAGAAUGGCAAGGAAAACACGAACAAAAUACUUUUAUCACGGAAAAUUAGAUUGGGACGAAAAGUCAUCAGCUGGCAGAUAUGUUAGGGAUAAUUGUAAACCUUUAUUGAGAUACAUGGCCAACACAAGUGAGGAACAUCGUCAAUUGUUCGAACUGAUCGCUCGGAUGUUAGAAUACGAGCCCCUGCAACGCAUCACGCUACGGGAAGCACUCAACCACCCUUUCUUCAGCAAACUGCCGCCGCACCAGAGGCUAGGCAGUGACCGCGCGCGUUGCAACGGCGAAGGGUCCGGUUCGCGUGAGAGGUCGCAUUCUUUGAGUAGGUGAGGCGGACGUGUCCGCCCGCUCUCCCCCGCACCACGCCGCCCCGAACACCGGAAGUAAGAAGUGACGUCGCCGAUGACGUCACCUCCUGAAAAAUCGAGGCGGCCACGGCUGAUCCGCUCCCCGCGGCGUCGUUGUAUAUAAACUUGUACAUUAUGAAGUGAUAAGUGAUAUUUUGUCGAACACUAGAUAAUUUUAUGUUGUGAAUCGGUACUUCUCUAUGUAUUUAUAAAUAAAGACUGUUGGUCUCAUUU